AUGACUAUUUUCCCUCGUGAGCCUCAGAGCAUGCAACCGGCCGUCACCACCCGCUUGGCCCCAACAAGCCUGCAAUUAUCCAACCAACAGCAACCGCCCGUCCCAAGCCGUUCGCCCCCAAAGCCUGAAACUUCCCAACAACAGCAACCGCCCGUUCACAGGCCGCUUGCCCCAGCAACCCGUCACUACCCAAUGAGCCAACACUUGCCGCGCCGCCCCAAAUCGAGGUCCUUGAGGGCCCCUCCGGCCCCUCCGAGGGACCCGGAGCACCUGGUGCGUUUGGCUACUGUCUUUCAACAAGACAAGGAUUUAUGGCGAACACAGUCUGUACUUGUAAACAAAUAUGUCACUCUUUACCAAAACUUUUGUCCCACUUGGUUCUUGGAUGUGCUACUUCCUUGUCUGCAGCGGCCUUUUUCUUUACUGUUGAUAGCGCUUGCAGUAUCCGACGGGGGAUGGGAGCUAUCUAUGGGCAAGUACCACCAAGAGGCUAAGCCCAUUCAAGAGUCACACGUGACUGAGGUAUUCAUGACACAGCAGCGCUGGUGUGACCCUAACCCUAAGCAGUAG